CUUAACUUCAAUAUCAUUUUAUGUUUGAAGGCAAUUGAGUUUUGCUAGGCCAAUAUCUCUUUCUAGUUUUUUCUCUUUCCCUGUUUUGGAUUAUAAUCUAAUGCCGGAAGACAAUGGAGUUAGAAUUUUUAGUACACUAUCCGCACAGGCAGACAUACACACAUGCAGAUAUAUGUAUGCAGAAUAGACAGUAUAUAAACUAUAGUGUUCAAAGUUUAUAGAAAGUUUUGAAAGUGAAAGUGAAAUUAAUUCCCUUUACCAGAAAGAUCAUUUUUAUGGCUAUAAAUUGCUUAUACCUUAAUCUAGGGGUAUGCAUGUGUGUCAGAGGACACCUGUUCCCCCAAUCUUAAAUUGACAAUUAACCAUCAAGUGUGUAUUCUCCUUUUUUUUUCAGAGAAGUAAUAAAUAAGAUCAAGCAGUUGAAAGCACCGACUCCUGUCUGAAUGACUCAUGUGCCUAUUCUCGUUAGUUUUCAUAUGGCCCAGAGGUGCAGAGUCUCAUCUGUUUCUAAACUAAUUUUGUAUACAUUUAAAAGAGAAAUGAGGGUUGGGGAACAGAGCUUUAGAUAGUGUGCUCUGUAGGACAGGGAGUGAGUUUUACUAGGUUUUUCUAGACAAGAAUUUAAGGUCCUACUGUAUAGUAACCAGUUAAAAGAUUGCCAAUUAACUCAAGUUAACUAACACGAUUGUGAAUGCUAAUCCAUACACUCAGAACUUUGCAGUUUACCUUAAAAUGGGCCCUCAAGUCAACCACAAACGUUUGUGUCAUGGAACAAAUUAUUGUAGAGUGUCUAGAUUAGCAUUUACAGUUAUAUUCAUUAACUCAAGUUAAUUUGGCAAUCAGUCAACUCUGUACCUCAGAACCACAAACCCUGGUCUACACAAAGCUGCAGUGUGUUUGAAGAGAGCCAACUGCAAGGGGGGGAUCCCAACCUCAUGGUGGCGUUUUGGACACUGCCACCAUACACAUGGAUUACUGACUUCUCUGGUAAUCUGACAGUGGGAGGCUGGCUUGCUCUCCCAAAGGGUUGCCAUACUAAAUGUUCCCUCACAAUUUCAGUCUCAGAAUGGUGCCCAAAUGAAAAAGACUGGAGGAGAGAGACCUUCCAAGCAUGCUAAGAGGGGGUCCCCCACAGGGCCCACUCAAAGAACUUCAGCCACCUGAUAGAUUCUUUCUCCCAAACUCUCACCCUCCUCUGAUAUCCCUGGGUAGCCCUUCUGCUGUGCUGUCACAGAGGGAGCAGAGCACUGACUGGCACUCUCUGCAAUGAGGCAGACAGACUAGCAGCAUAUGCUACUGUUCCCACACUAUGGUCUGAGGAUUUUUGGAGCCUCAUGCUCCAUAUUCCCAAAUUCAGAGGCCCAUUCUAAAUUCAGUACAGUAGAACCUCAGAGCUAUGAACACUUCAGGAAUGGAGGUGGUUUAUAACUUUGAAAUGUUCGUAACUCUGAACAAGACAUUAUGGUGGUUCUUUCAAAUGUUUGCAACCGAACAUCGACUUAAUACAGCUUUGAAACUUUACUAUGCAGAAGAAAAAUGCUGCUUUCCCUUUAUUUUUUUAGUAGUUUAUAUUUAACAUGGUAUUGAACUGUAUUUGCUCCCCAACUCCCGCUGUCCGAUUGCGUACUUCCGGUUCCAAAGGAGGUGUGUGGUUGACUAGUCAGUUUGUAAUUCUGAGGUUCUACUGUACUUGUGUCCUGCCCUAACUGUAGUCCAGGACUGAAAAUUCAAAGGUCACUGGGGGCUUUAGAUGCACAGUGAAAUGGGAAACAUGUGGCUCCAGCCUCUACUAAAGCUUUGGAAAUUAUCAGUAUGCUCUUUACCUGAUCUGUAACUUACAAAUGUGCAGCAUGAUAGUAAUUAGCUUAGCUUGUAAGUGAGCUGUAGUUUGCAAGUGCUGGAGACAACAAGUAUAAAGUGAAUUAUCUUUCCUGUCUAAACAAUUGGAGUGGCCUGGUUGCAGGGACCUGCAGGGGCCAGACAAAAAAAUUGUUUAUAGAAGCAGUAGUAGCUUAGGGAAGCUUUUACUACAAUUAAGACACCCAUCUGUGAUAGAGUAAUGUCUGUGGGUCUCAUUUAUUGCUCAGACACUUUGUUGAUUUUAGAUCUAGGGGAAACAGGUGUCAGAUAUAUGGAUCUUGCUUCUGGGUAGCAUUAAAUCUCUAGAAAAAGAAUAAUGCUGACUUUCAAAAGAACAACAGACAAGAUCUAGGAAAGAAAAAAGGAAGUACUUGCAUGCAGCUAGGUUGAUUCUGCUGCCAUCAAACCCCAAACAUCCUCCCAGGGAAAGCAGGAGGAGCUUGUCUCCAUUACAUUUUCUCUUACCUUUGCUUCUGUUCCCAAGUGCAGAUUCCUAAAGCUGAUCAAUUGAAAGGGGACAAAAGAGACCUAACAUCAAAACUAUGAUGGGGGGGACAUAAGAUAUCUGAUUCCUCAUCUCUCAGCCAUAAAAUGAGCGCAGAUAUAUACAAGCUUCUCUUCUUCAUCAGCGAGGAACUGGACUCAGAAACUUUGAUGGCCCUGAAGUUUCUGAGUCUAGAGUACAUCCCACUGAAGAACCAGGAAAACAUUCAGGAUCCCAAAGAUUUCUUCCAAAAGCUCCAGAAGAAGGGACUGAUAGAAGAGGAUGAUCUGUUCUUCUUAAAGGAGCUAAUGUUCAGAGUAAACCGCAUAGACCUCCUGACUGGUAAACUGAGCUCCAGCAGAGACGAAAUGGAGAGGGAGCUCCAAAUCCCAAACAAGGCAAAAGUUUCACCAUAUAGGCAACUACUUUACAGAAUCUCUGAAGAAAUAACUAGUGAAGAAGUUGCCAGUGUAAGAUUCCUGCUGCAAAAGGAGCUUCCAAAGAAGAAGCUUCAGGACAAUGCUACAAUAUUGAAGCUCUUUAUAGAAAUGGAAAAAGCUGGGAUAAUGAAUGAAACCAAAUUAAAGGUGCUGAAGAGUAUUUUACAGGAAGUUAGACCUGACCUGGUGCAAAAAAUUAAUACCUACGAAGUAGAAACACAAGCCCCAGAUGAAUCGAUCACAAGCUUGGAACCUUCUUUUCAGAGCCUGACAAUUACCGAAGGUCAUAUUCAGCAGGAAGUUCCUUGCCCUAAAACAUGUGCAUUUGUGGACCCAGGUGAAUUGGGAGCAAAGGAAGCAGUGUCAAUGCCAAAGCUCAAGAACCCCUACAGAAUGGACAAUAAUCCUCAUGGCUAUUGUGUGAUACUGAACAACUCUGAUUUUAAAAACCCUGAUGAAACCAGGACAGGCACAGACAAAGAUGCUGAGGCUCUGAAACAGGUCUUUGAGUGGCUUCAGUUUGAGACAAUUGAGCACCGAAACCUAGAAGCAAAGGAAAUCCAUGAGACAAUCAAAAAGUAUAGCAAGAAGGACCAUAGCAACAUGGACUGUUUCAUUUGCUGCUUACUCUCACAUGGCGAAAAAGGUAAAGUAUAUGGGAUAGACUGGAAUUCUGCAGCCGUCAAAGAUCUGGUCUCCUGCUUCACUGGAUCUGAGUGCCCCUCGCUUGCUGGCAAACCCAAACUCUUCUUUAUUCAAGCCUGCCAAGGUAAGACAGGGCAGAAAAGUAUCCCAGUGGAAGAAGAUUCUUCUCGACAGCUGGAGACAGAUGCUUUACCCUUGCCUUCCAUUCCUGACUGGGCUGAUAUCCUCAUUAGUAUGGCUACAGUGGAAGACUUUGAGUGCUACAGAUACAUAGAGAGAGGCAGCGCAUUCAUUCAGUGCCUCUGCAAGGAAAUAGAGUCUUUCUGCCCACAGCGUAUGGAUCUGCUGACCAUCCUGACACAAGUCAACAAAGAAAUGGGAGAAAAAGAUUUUAAUGGGAAAAAGCAGAUGCCGGAAAUAAAAUCAACCCUGCGGAGACAACUGAUCUUCCAGAUGUCAACGUCAGACAAUUAACCAAAGAAAUAAGAAGUCUGGGAUACGCUACAUUAGGAGCUACUUUUUGGGAUGGAUUCAACUUGCAGUUCCAAAAGACAAAUGGACUGGAUUUGCAAGGCAAUGAGGGACCUCAGCACUCAGAUCUCCCUCCCUGCAAUGGCUCAGUGUCCUGACUUCCAGAUCUGCAGCUGUCCAAGUCACCAAAUGGCCUGACUAUGUGUGUAAGUGAAGGGGCUGAGUGACUGACCUGCAUCUGUCUACUUUAGCAGGAGGUGAGCGUGCUCAGCACCUUCUGGGAUUGAUCCCUUGGUCAUGAUUUCAAAUGAAGAAGCACUCUGCAAAAUCAUGAUUCCAAAACAAUGAGGAAAUUGUACAGUUUCCAUUUGUCAAUGUUAUUCAUAGAUAAGGCCAAAAGGGACCAUUGUGAUCAUCAGGGAUCCUAGUUUUCUGUGAUAAGAAAAUCCUCAAAAUUCUCUAGUAAAAAAACAUGAAAAUUCGUAUUUUUCCACAAUUAAAAUCAAAUGCUGAAUUUUAGUUUCUCUAGCCACAAUAUGUAUAGGUAUCAGUUGAACGCAAUGUUUUAUUGACAUAUUUACAAUUUUUAAGCAAGUUCAAAGCCUACCUGUGCCAUCAAACACUAUAAUAAAAUUAAUAGAAUUGCAAUUUGUAUUUUUUACUUGUACCAAAUAUUUGUAUGUCUGUAUUCUAUAUUUUCAGAAAAUUGUGGGGGGGUUUUAAUGCAUAAACACUCGAAUGAUACG